AUGACGACCAACUCAUUCGGCGGAGCUCUUCCUCGCUUUGACUUCCCCUCCCAACCAGCCCCAGCUGUAUCCCGCAUGGCGCGCAUUCACAAAGCCCUCCCGGUUGUGUUAGUCGCAGCCACAGUAGCUGCUGUCGCACUCAAGACUACGCAAGAGGCCAGAGACUCUCACACCUCCAUUCCUGCCAUGUUGUUCGGCCGCGCUCCAGCUCAAGGCCUGGUACCUCAAGGACAGGGAAUCAUUGACAACCAAAAUGUUAACUUGAGCGCAAAGCCGAACAAGUAA